AUGCAAGAUACCUCAAAAGUUAAGCAGCCCGAACAAGUCCCAGGACACAAAGUUGCCAAGUCCCUCAACAAAUUCAGUGGUCAACCGGACUCCUACGUCAACAAGACAAAUUAUAUCUUCGGUAAGACCCUUGGUGCAGGUACAUUUGGUGUGGUGAGACAAGCGAGACAAUUAUCUUCACAGGAGGACGUGGCAGUUAAGAUCCUUUUGAAAAACGCCUUGAAGGGCAAUGACGUGCAAUUGCAGAUGUUAUAUGAUGAGUUAUCCAUCUUACAACGACUACAUCACCCUAAUAUCGUGGCGUUUAAGGACUGGUUCGAGUCGAGAGAUAAAUUCUACAUCGUAACACAAUUGGCCACUGGUGGUGAAUUAUUUGAUAGGAUUAUCAAGAAGGGAAAGUUUACUGAAGUGGACGCGGUAAAUAUCAUGGUUCAAUUGUUGGACGCUGUAAAGUAUAUCCAUUCUCAAAAUAUCGUUCAUAGAGAUUUGAAACCGGAAAAUGUGUUAUACCUGGAUCCAAGUGAUGAGUCACAAUUAGUCAUUGCUGAUUUUGGUAUUGCUAAGGAGUUGAAGAGUAACGAUGAUUUGAUUUUUAAAGGAGCAGGGUCUUUAGGUUAUGUGGCCCCUGAAGUGUUGACUAAAGAGGGACAUGGUAAACCAUGCGAUAUUUGGUCCCUGGGUGUUAUUACUUACACUUUACUGUCAGGUUAUUCACCCUUUAUAGCGGAAAGCGUGGAGGGAUUUUUGGAAGAAUGUACAAGAAGUAGAUACCCAGUUCAAUUCCAUAAGCCAUAUUGGGAUUCCAUAUCUGAUGAAGCUAAAGAUUUUAUAUUGAAAGCUUUAACCAUCGACCCAGAGGAAAGACCAUCCGCGGAAGAAUUAAUGAAUGAUCCAUGGAUAACUAGUAAGCAUAUUAACACCACCAAUAUCUUACCAGAUGUAAAGAAGGGAUUCACCUUGCGUAAGAAGUUGCGUGAUGCCAUUGAGAUAGUUAAAUUGAACAACAGAAUUAAAAAACUGAGAAAUCUUUAUUUAUCAGAUGAAUCGGAUAGUGAUUUGGAGGAAAAUAAAAUAAAGUCCACUGUGGAUGAAUUGCAAAGCUCUUUACGUGCUUUAUCUUUGACGCCUACCAAUACUGCCGGUAAUUUGUCACCGGAACAAAGAGAAUUGAAAUCUGCAUUAACUAGAAACACAUUCGCUCAAAUUGUUAACGCAGCAACACAAAAUAAGGGUAGACUAAAUGAUUCAGGCGAUAACAAAGAUAAAUAA